AUGAGGAGGUUUUUGAUUAAUAGAACAAAUAUUGAGAAUGUGAAUGUUGUGCAACCGGAAGCCGAAGUAGAAGAACCAUCGCCUAAUUUGGCCAAUGAGUUUCAUCCAAAUGAGAUUUUGCGUGAUCCAGGUCUUAGGAAACAAAUUCAUUUGUAUGCUCCGGAUAUUCAAGACGAUGUGAGGAGGGCAUAUAUAUUGAAGGGUCCAAUGCAACCAAAUUUUUCAAGUUUUCCUCGUACUCAAUUUGGAAGUGCUACAAGAGCUUUUUCUAAAUCAUGGGCCGAGCACUUUGGUUUUGAAGUCUUCACCAAAGACGGAUUUAAAGAUUGGAAGCAUGCAUCUCAAAGCUUGAAAGAUCAUAUUGGUAGUAAUGAUAGUAUGCACAACAGAUGCAUCAAGCACUAUGAUGAUUAUAAUAAUCAAAGACAAAGUGUGACAAAUAAGUUGGCUAGAGCAACUAGGGAAUCAGAAGAAUUGUAUAAGAUCUGUUUGACUUGUUCCCUAGAUUGUACUAGAUAUCUCAUAGCACAAGGCAUUGCUUUCCGUGGCCAUGACGAAACCUCUAAUUCUCUAAACAAGGGCAAUUUUAGAGAGAUGGUAGAUUGGGUAAAAUCAAAUAAUGAACAAGUGAGAGAUGCUUUUGACCGUGGUGGAAAAAAUUGCAAAAUGACUUCUGGUGACAUUCAAAAGGAGCUUGCAACGUGUUGUGCACAUGAAGUUAUGAAGGUGAUUAUGGAAGAGCUUGGUGAUAAACAAUACCCUGUGCUUAUUGAUGAGUCACGUGAUAUAUCCGUCAAAGAGCAAAUGGCAGUGAUGUUGAGGAUACGAGGGCAAGGAUAUGACGGGGCUUCAAAUAUGAGAGGUGAAUUUAAUGGUUUGCAAAGAAAGAUCCUAGAUGAAAACCCUUAUGCUUUCUAUGUCCAUUGUUAUGCUCAUCGCUUGCAAUUGGUGAUUGUGUCCGUUGCUAGUAGUUGCUCAUCUAUUAAUGAUUUCUUUGAGUACAUCUCCUUGAUUGUUACAACAUCAAGUGCAUCUUGCAAGAGAAGAGAUGCUUUGACGGAGGCACAACAUAAAGAUAUUUUGAGUAGACUUGUGACUGGUGAGAUAUCUACAGGAAGAGGCUUGCACCAAUCAUCUAGUCUCGCUAGACCCGGGGAUACUAGAUGGGGUUCCCAUCAUACUACCUUGCUUCGUUUGGAUCAUAUGUGGUCUUCUAUGUUAGUGGUGCUUAGUAUGGUUGAUCAAGAUGGACGUGAACCAUCUCAAGCGACGGGUUUGAUAGAAAAAAUGGAGAGCUUUAAAUUUGUUUUCAUUUUGAAGAUAAUGUUAAAUUUGUUUGGUAUCACAAACGAGCUUUCAAAAAUCUUACAAAGAAAAUAUCUUAAUAUUGUGCUUGCCAUGGAUUUAAUUAAUGUUGUCAAAGUUCGGUUGGCCACAUUGAGAGAUAGUGGUUGGGAUAAUUUAUUUUUGGAUGUACAAGAAUUUUGUGUUGCUAAAGGUAUUCCGGUGCCAAAUAUGGAUGAUGAAAUACUGGUUCGGGGUCGCUCAAGACUAGAAGGGAGGACUGUCACUAAUCUUCACCAUUACCGUGCAAAGAUUUUUUAUGUUGCUAUCGACAAAAUAUGUGUGGAGAUGGAUCAUCGCUUUAGUGAAGAAAGCAACAUUGUCCUUGAUUGUUUCUCAUGUCUUGACCCCAAGAACUCUUUCUCCAAGUUUGAUGUUGAUAAGCUUGCUCGUCUUGCUGAUAUUUAUCAUGCUGACUUUUCUGAUGAUGAUCGUGGAACAAUAAGGGAGCAACUUAACCCUUAUGUACUUCAAGUGAAAAGGCAUGCUUCUUUUUCUUCUUUUGAAGAUGUUCAAAGUUUGGCUAUGAAGAUGGUUCAAACUGAGAAACAUUUGGCAUUUCCAUUGGUCUACAAAUUAAUUGAGUUGGCUUUGAUAUUGCCGGUGUCGACUGCAUCCAUUGAAAGAGCUUUUUCAGCAAUGAAGAUUAUCAAGAUUAAAUUGCGCAACAAGAUCAAGAAUGAGUGGUUCAAUGACUUGAUGAUAUGUUACACCGAGCGGGAGAUAUUCAAGUCACUUGAUGACAUUGAUAUUAUUCGAACAUUCACCGCAAAGAGGUCUCGGAAAGGGCAUUUACCACCUAAUUUUAUUUAG